AACACCCAUGCCAGUUGCUCUGGGCAUCGUUACUACUGACCCCCUUGGGCUUCCCCGCACCAUGAGGUUUGAGGGGCUCCUGGCAGAGGUGGGGGGAUUCGGAAAGUUCCAGAUAUCAAUUUUGCUGAUUACCUGCCUCCCAAGAGUCAUCCUUCCUCUUCACUUCCUACUGCACAUCUUCAUCUCGGCGGCGCCCUCCCACCACUGUGCCACCCCCAGCGCGGGCAAACUGGGGAACUGGAGCCAAUGGAAAUCCCUGCUCCUCUACAUCCCACAGGAACCAGAUGGAUCCCUCAGCUCCUGUCGGAGAUACUCCCACCCCCAACUCCACCUGCUCCCCAACAGCUCAGUGGGACCCCCCAAUAGGUCUACAGAACCUUGUGAGGAAGGCUGGGAGUACGACCAAUCAGUCUUCUCCUCCACCACCGUCACACAGUGGGACCUGGUGUGCGAGAGAAAGGGGUUAAACCAGGCGGCUGCCACUUUCUUCUUCAUGGGACUGACUGUGGGCUCAGUUAUAUGUGGGUACCUGUCUGACAGGUUUGGGCGCAGGAAGAUCCUUCUCGUGUCCAUCCUUAUCAGCUCUGUGUUUGGGCUCCUGUCGUCCUUCUCCGUGUCCUUCCUCAUGUUCUGCCUCAGCAGGUCCAUCUGUGGGGUCGGCCUCAUGGGAAUGACCCUCGUCUCCAUCACUCUCGCCUUGGAGUGGACAGAUGUGGAACACCGCACGUUCUGUAGUACAAUCAAUAGUCUGUCAUGGACUGUGGGCUACAUGAUACUAGCCCUGCUGGCCUACUGCAUAAGGGACUGGCAAUGGCUCCUUUUGGCUACCACUUUGCCUUGCUUGCUCAGUAUCGCCACCUGGUGGUAAGAUCUCAUUCUAUGGCUGGAUAUGUAGAUUGUACCCAAUCCCUGCAGUGUGUGA